UUGCUCAGGGGACCAUAAUAGGUAUUUACACAAAAAUUAUCAGCCAAAUCCGAGCUAGUCCACUGAAAUAAAUCCGAGCUAGGCCGUAAUAAUGCAAUUUUACCAAAAAUAAUUUACAAAAUUCACUCCCCAAUCACUACAGAAGAGAAUAAGAACCAGUUCAAAAUAAUAAAUUAAAGAAGGAAGGUUGAAGUUUAUUAAUUAUUUGGAACAUUUGUUAUAAUUUAUAAUUAAUUCUCCAGUAUAAUUAUUCGACUUGAGUAAACAAGAGGAGAGAAAAACAGAACGAGAGUGGGCAUGGAUGAGUGUUCAAAAGUUGUUUUCCCACGUCCAAAAAGCAUCCUCGCGAAAGAAACAGUCUAUUCCAAGAUAUAUUUUGUCGUAUGGGGCUAUCCAAUCUUCGCGAAUUGUAACCCAGUGGAAAGUUUGCAAAUCUAGGCACGUGGACAAUUUUUCAAUUUUCUUCCCGACAAUAUAAAUUUUAUCCUUCACACCAAUUUUAGUUGUGCAUUAAUUUAUUGAUACAAAAGUCGUCAAUACACUUCCUGGAAAAUUUGGCAAAACUUUUUGAUUCGAGACGAGUAAAUUCCAAAAUACGCAAGAUUCGUCAAAUCAAAUAAAGGGAACAUGCUGCCACGUUUCAAAUUCGCCGAUAUUGCAUUCACCGACCCUUCAUUAAACGCACCGGUCGCUCCGAAAAAGUCGUCGCGGGUAGCAAAUCGGGCCAACUUUCUUACCUUUAUGAACUUGCGGCAAGAUUUUCGAAAUGCUUUCGCCUCCCGUGUUCUCCGACCCGUCGAUCUUGCCCCCCGAAUUGAAGCCAUGGUCACGGCAGCGACAAGGGCAAUUUUUGAGGACAAAAAGAAACGAUAUAUAUACUCAAUUAUGGGCGAACUUUUCAUGGAGGGUAGAAUAAAGCCGUUCAGUACCGCGGAGGCGCUGGCUUUCAUUUGGGUCUAUGUCGGCACGGCGGAGGCGGUGGCGAGAAGAAGUGGAUUAAUUGAUCCCCACUACUUGCUCGAUAGCCAAUUAGGGUACUUAUUUAAACGAGCCGUCUCCCACGAUAAGGAAAAGAACAUGCCACACGUCGCCCAUUUGUGGAGGAAGCUGCGACGUUGUCAUCUCCCGUCGGCAGAGUUCUGUUGUCACGAGAGAAUUUUGAGGGGAAUUUAUGGAGGUGUGGAUUUGGACAAGCUGCCGGCUCCGGAGGCAGGAAUGGAUCAGCUUUUUCAAGAGAUGUCGUCACUUUACGGCGACAACGUGGAGGAAAACACGGCUUUCUUGAAGAAGAAAUUGCGACACAAAUUGCGUCAAAAAGUUAGCCAACAGUUGGACAAAGAUCUUACUCCAGGGGAGAUUAUGAAACCAUCUUCAUCGACUUUUGGCUCUGUGAAUUCGCCAGAAAUAGUUGGAGAGUUGAAUAGCAAAACAAUCGGCAACAUGAAACCGGAAAAUGUUGAAAUGACGUCGCCGGAUUUUGUCCACGAGCCAUCCAACAAUAAUGAUUCUGAUCUCCCCCUGAAAACUACGGAUAACGAAUCUCUUCUAUUUCUCACAAAUCCGGGGAAGUACAUCGAAAUGAAUCCGUCCUUAUUUCCAUCCAGUAAGGAUAACGUAAAUUGGUCCGCCAGAAAAUUACUUCCGGACCCACCGACAAAACGCAAGAAAGCAAAUCAGGUGGAUGAUCCCGUCCCGGAACAGGAAGUCGCUCAAACUCCGGCCGACUGUACGGAAACUCUGCUGAGGGUGGAUUUUACGCCGGAGGAGUACAUCGACCACACCACGGCGUCCAAUUAUUAUGCUCAAGGGGUCAAAAUUGUCGAUGGGGUGAGAAGGGUCGUCUUCUAUCAUAAGAUCAUAAAUCUCUCGGGUAUUAAGGAAGAACCAAUUUAAAUUAUAUGUGAUUGUCAUGUUUGUACUUAUUAUGAAUUUAUAUCCAACAUUAAUAAGCAACUAAUUGCGAUACAUGAUUUAUUUAAUAAUAAAUAUUAAGCAAACUUAUGUACAUAAAUGAAAUGACAUUUCAGACAUAUGUUUAACAAGAAAGUGCUAUUAAAGUAAUACUUUGUUUGGUUAAUUUUAACUAGGAUUUAUAUCAUGAUUGAUUAUAAAAGUAUGGG